AUGGCACAAAAAAGAGGCGAAUAUGCUAGAGCUAUGCGAAGAAAAACUCGCAAAUUGGAGAUACGCACCGAGCAAGAAAGAAGAAAGAGAGAAUAUAAACGCGAUGAAAGGGUAGAUAAAAAAUCAGAAAUCGCACGGAUGAGAAUCGAAUAUCACACGAAAAUAUUUGCCUCGAUGUGUCCGGAUGAAAUCUUGGAUCAUUACGACGAUUAUAAAACUCGAAUGUAUUAUACGACUUUAAUGCUUGGCGAUGUGUCGGGUUUCACAGACCUCGCCGAGAAAUAUACUAAAAUUGGAAAAGGCGGACCAUCGAAAUUGUCAGAGACAUUGAACUCUUAUAUCGGUGCUAUGGUGCAAGAAAUACUUUAUCACGAAGGUGACGUGUUGAAAUUUUCCGGGGACGCGUUCAUAGUGAUGUGGAAGCUUCACAAAGGGAUGAUGAUGCGAGAUUUGGCCGUGACAGCGAUGCAAACUGCUUGUAUCAUUCAAAAACACUUUGGAACUUACGAAACUGAAAUUGGAGUCACUCUUAAAGUAAAAUUGGCAAUUGCUUCUGGGAAAACAUAUUUCACGUCUAUCGGAGAUCCAGACACCAUGUCUCACUACAUUAUCACCGGAAAACCGGUGUGGGAUGUGAAAUUUGCUGAAGGCCUUUGUCGAGGAGGUGAUAUCAUAGUAGCUCCCAGUAGCUGGCAAUGGGUGAAUCCGCACGAAUAUAUCCAUGAAACACUUCCCGAUGGUAUACACACUCUUAUUAUAACUUGCACAGCCUUAUGGUAUCAAAUUAGGGAAGAUGAAAUGACCGAGGAAGAGGAGGAAUACAUAGUAGAAAAAUACGAUCCAACUAUCAUAGCCAGAAUGCAUUUAGAGGAGAAACCUGAAUUGACCGAAUUGCUGACCAGGCAACGAUACGAGCAUGAAAAGUUCGAGGACGUCGAUUUCAGCUUACGGCCUAAAGUUAUAAAAGCGGCAGAAAGUCAUCUGAAAGGAGCUUUAAAAAGUUACAUGUUGAGACCUGUCAUUCGUUCCGUGGAAAUGGACGAACCAUUGGAAUAUCUAACCGAAAUGAGACAAGUGGUGAUUCUCUUCAUCAAUGUGAUCACCAUCGAUGUGUACAAAGAAGCGUUAGUCAAUUUAGUGAAUAUCGUUUAUAAACUUGUAUGCCAGAUCGUCGGUGAAAUGCACGGAUGCGUGAACAAGACGUCCCUCUUCGACAAAGAUUUGAUGUUCCUCUGCGUGUUCGGUUUAAGAGGCGAUAAGCACGAAUUAGAGUCGCAGAUCGGUUUGAAAUGCGCGUACAAAUUAAGAUCGAUUCUCGCGGCGAUGAAAAAUAUUAAAUCUGUGACCGUAGCUGUGACCACAGGGAUGACGUAUUGUGGAGUAGUUGGGCAUAUUUUGCGAAGGGAAUACACAGUGAUUGGAACGUCGGUGAAUAAAGCUGCGAGGCUUAUGGUAGCGUAUAAGGACAAGGUAAGAAUUAGCGGAUCUUUAAAUGAAAGCAAGCCUGUGAUAACAAAGCCGGGAAAUAUGCGUAGACAUUUGAGUAUCGAUCCUGAGGAAACUAAGAUCGCCGUUUGCAACAUUUCAAAAAGUUUCACGUAUGGGGAGGAAAAUUCUGAAAUUACGAUGGAUGUUAUGAUAUUGAAGCUUUUCGAUUCAUUGACACCUCUUGAUCAACUUAUUUUGAAAUAUGCUUCCGUGAUCGGGGAAACUGUAAAUAGACAGAUGUUAGAAAGUUUAAUGGCCAUCACUUCUAAAAGAGACAUCGGUCUUGCUCUUAUGAAACUCUUCGAAAUACGAAUCUUUGGCUGCGCAAUUGGGGAUUUUACCAAAACUAAAGGCCCUAUAAUAUUUAUCAAAAAUAUACGAAAUAAUAACUCAGAUGUCUUCUGCAAGUGUAUUGGCCUUACUAUCCCAGAUGAAUUGAAAGAUUUGCCAAAAUAUGCUUCUUGUGGGUUGAUAAGAUUCAAAAUGACGAUGUUCCGUGAAACUACUUAUCGAUUACUGACAGAAAAUCAGAAAAUAGAGUUGCACAAUCAAGCAUUGAAAUAUUUACAAUAUCAUACAAGACGUUGUAUUUCUUGCGGAGAAGGUCGAUUCGUAAAAUUAUUAGGAGAAAUAUCGAAAAUAGAAGAAACAAAGAAAAGAAUAACAGAGGUAGAUGAGAUAUUCGAAAAAGAUGUUUAUGAAGAGAAAGAUAUUGAAGAUGAAAAAAAGAAAAAAGGCAAGAUAUUUCUUACUUGUAUGAACAUAUUUCGAACUAUCGAAAGAAAACCAACACUCACAUUUUCGGACUUGGAUUUUUCCAAUUGCCUAUGUGAUCUGAUAUUGAUGACUACGUAUACUCAAAUGCUUGAUCAUUGUCGUGGUAUUGGAAAACUGAACGUAAUACUAACUGCUCUUUUAGAAUUUGCAGAAAUUUGUAUAAUUUCUUUCAAUAUACCGCAAGCUAGAAAGCUUUUAAAAGAAAGCGAAGAUGUCCUCGAAAAGCUACUUGAAUCGAACGAAAAUGAAAUAGUCAUUUUCCCCUAUUUUGCUGCAAAAAUACAAAUUCUUCAAGGCCAAUGUCUUCUUGAAACCGGUUCCAUUUUUGAAGCUGAAGAAUUAUUCGAAAAGGCAAUGUUCAAUUUAGGGUAUAAAUUUCCAAAACUUGAAAUGAUGAUCGAUAUAAAUUCGAUAAUGCAAUUAUUGAAUCUGAAAUUAAAAUUCGUUUUUAUGAAAGAUAUUAAAUAUUUCGAAGAGGAAUAUCAGGAUUAUACUAAACAAUUAGCAACAUGUUUGAUACAAAUGUUUAAACUCUACAGGAUUAAAGGAAUGAAAAAGCACGCUCGUUUAGCAGCAAUUUGGAGUUUGAACGCAGCUUUGGAUCUAUCUAUUAAGGAUACACGUACUCUCUGUAUAUCGCUCAGCAAUAUGUUAAUCACUGCACAUAUGUAUCAAGAUAGAUAUAUCAUACCUUAUUUAGAAGAGAAGGGUAUUCUUAUUUCUAGUGAGAAGACAAGAUUACUCGAAGCUCAGGAAUUGAAAGUGAUCGCCCGGCUUUAUGCGGCAAUAUUUUUUUCUCGAUGGUUAAGAGCAGACUGUGCGAAAGCCAUCCACAUUGGUUUCAUUACUAAUAGAAUAGCCACUACGAUUGGAUCCACAUCCUUGAAAAUAUUAAUGCUACCACGAUUAAUUCAUUUGUUAUUAUCGUCUUGCCGACUCUCGGAAGCAAUCACUCAAUUAAGAGAAUUGGAAUUUGUAUCCCAUGAUCAUUUUGAUAAAUCUGGACGUACUUGGUACUAUGCACUUUGCGCUGACAUUUAUUUAGAUACUGGAAUGUCAAUUAUAUCUUUUCAAAUUUGCGAACAAUAUUUUCUUCAUGAGGGCGAACGAAUGAUAAAUUUAUACAAUCCAGAAGCAGAAAAUCGAUAUUUCAUAUGCAUGUGGUUAUGGUGCAUUAGAACUGAACAAUGGGAUGCUGCAAAAGUAUGGAGAAAUAGAUUCAUAGAAACCCCCAUUAUGGAUGAACAUAUAGUAGUAGCAACAAUAACUUUUUUAAAAAAACUCGAAGGGCUAUUAAUUCUUUAUGUGCAUAAAUUAAACACCAGAAAUAUAGCUGCAACUAUUACUAUGAGAGAAAUAAAAAAUAUGUUUAAAUAUGCAAAAAAAGUGACCAAGAUUGUUAUAAUUACAAUUCCUAGAUAUAUGUUAUUAAAAGCAUAUUAUUGGAUGAUAAAAUCACAAAAAAGUAAAGCAAUAAAGAUGUUAAAAAAAGUAAAAAAAGUAUGCGAAAAAAUGGAAAAUAAAUUGAUUCUUAUAUGGGCACAACAUUGUGAAAAGGUUUGGUUAAGCGGAAUUUCUCCUCUACAUACAGAAAUGUGGAAAGAGAUCUCGAAGAUAAAUAAGUGGGAUGAAAUCAAUGCAAAUAAUUCACAUAUGAUACUUUUUACUUUUCCUCUGCCAAACUAUCUUUUUUUGUAA